CAAGUGCCAGGAAAAGCCACUAGACUAUUCUAGUUCUCGGUCGUCGGUCAGCCAGCCGCAUUUGGCCAAUUCUUUCUCGGUCAAGAGCAUGGCGGCCAGCUGCUGAUUUGUUCCUUAGAUUCCUUACCGUAGUUCUAAAUUGAUGAACCGAGUUGUGUAACUGUCAAGUGCGGGGAAUUUGAAGUGCCAUUCGAUUCAACAACAGUGGAAUGUAGUGGAUUUGCAACUUGUGUGAUGGUGCUUGAAAAUCGAGUCAAUUCCGGAAAUAUUUACACCACGCGCUUUCUCACACGGUGGGAGGCAAGAAUGGAAAAACGGAAAGCGUUUGUGCGGUUGUGUAAGUGAUUUGUUUUCCUGAACAUUUGGCGAUGUGUGUGGUUGUGUGAGUUUAAGGAUUCACCAAAAAAAAAAGAACGAAAAAGGAGAAGAAUCAGGACGCGAUCUGCCAUCAUCAAUAGCAGUGUGAGUGUGUGUGUGCGUGGCGACGGGUUUCGGAGCGGGCGGUCGGAAUCGAUGACGGGUGAAGCAAUGACGUCACGCGUAUCAGCUGUCGGAGGAAAUUUGGUCGCACCGCAUCUGCAGCCUCCCAAUGCGAACCACCCGGUGCAGGCCCUGCGAACCGAUGACAUCGAGGUGCAGGUUAUCGAACAGGUGGCGACCGAGCUGCAUACCAACGAGAGAAAGACUUUGGCACACAUUGCGACCAGCAAGCAAGGCGCCUCCAAGGCAGCUCUUUUCCCCGUCGCCUCAACGGGAGCACUACAACUAUUAACAUCGGCAGUGACAGCAACACCACCACCACCAUCUUCAGCAGCAACGGGUCCGGCGUCGGCCUCGGCGCCCUCCUCGGCCAACGGUCGGCCAUCGCUGAAAAACCCGGUCGGUUGGGUUUGCUGUGCACCAUGCAUGUGGCUGCGGGGCUCCUCGGCAGUACACAAAAUGGCCAUCACGGCAGCCACCCUGCUCGUCACGUCCCUCCUGGUGGCGUCGCCCAUACUGUUUCUCAUCUCGGCAGCCCCCUCGCAGCUGCCUAAGGAUUGCUACGUUACCGACGAUGACGAUUGCCACCCGCCGCCGGCCCCACCACCCGAGUGUUCCGAUCCGAUUUGCCGUGCCGCGGCCAUCAGCAUCCAAACGCGCAUGAACUGGGACGUCGAGCCGUGCAGGGAGUUUAAAAACUACAGCUGCUCACCGCUGGAGAGCAGCAACAGCCUGCGGGCCGUCAAGAGCCCCCAGGAGAUUGCCGACAUUCAGAUGCAACAGCUCCUCUCGCUGAACACCACCUCCGGGGUGUUUCGGAAACUGGGUCGCCUGUAUGGCAGCUGCCUGCGGCAAACGCUCAACGAUUCCAGCAUCAAAAUGCGCCUGGACAAGCUGGGAGGCUAUCUGCAAAUUGGCUCCGUGGGACCCCAGAGCAUAUCACCGCUGAUAUCAAAAAUCCAAAGCAUUGGCCCGAUGCCAAUCAUCGGCAUCUACUACGAUCUGAGCUACGGCCGCAAGCCGCAAACGUUGCUGAUAAUUGAUGGACCCACCACAUCGUUGCACAUUCUGGCGAAUCCCGUCCGAUGGCAGGGCCCGAAGGAUGCCCCCAAUGACGUCACCGAAGACGUGCCCGAGCUGUUGGACGCGCUAAUGAAUGUGUUUCUGCCGCCGGGGCUGAGCGCCAACCAGCGGCUAUCGGAGAAGAGCGUUAUAUUUAGCUUCAUUCGCGAUUUGAAUCAGAUACGGCGGGAUUACGUGCAGAAGGACUUCACCAACAGCUACGUGCUGAAUAAUGUUACAGCGCUAAUGAGCACGCAUCCAUUUCUUCUGUGGCAAGACCUGCUGCCGGCCAACUGGUCCGGUCCGAUCGUGAUUCGCAGCCCGGCUUACCUGGAGCACCUGCGGAAACUGUUGCUCGCCCACCAGAACCGGGUAAUUCACAACGCGCUGCUGUUGCUGUUUGCCUUGAAUACGCUGCCGCCGGGACGGCCCUCGCCACUGGUCUGCGCCAAGGCAACCAACUGGGCCCUGCCCGAGGUUAGCUCGGCCCUGUUCAUCGGUCAGUACAGCGAGGAGGUGAUUGGUCACGCAAUCCAACGGACAGAGGAAAUGUUCGAAAACAUGAAGCAACACCUGAAGCGGGCUCCGUCGCUGCGGGGAGCGGCCCUGGUGCGUCUCUCGCAGCUCAAGGUCCAAGCCAAGGUGUGGCCAACGUUGUUCAACCGAACGGAAAUCGCUUCCAUUCUGGAUCAGAUUGAAAUCAGUUCCGACAACUGGUUCGAGAAUGUGCUCAAAAUCUACCAGCUCAACAACAACCGUUCGUCGGUGAGGAAUGUCUCGGCGGAGAGCACCCACACGGCCUACGCCUACCCGCAGAUCGCGAAAAUCUUCUACGACACCCUCAGUCACUCGAUCGUGGUCCCGCUGUCCGUCGUCCUGGUGCCGUACUUCAACCCGGUGCUGCCGCAGUAUCUGCACUACGCCACCCUGGGUACGGCGCUGGCCAAGGAAAUCCUCCGUUCCAUCACCAAGGCCUUCGAGGGCAAGGUCAUGCAGUGCGUCCCGAACUCGGUGGACAUCUUUUCCAACUCGAGCCGGAUGGACCUGCUCAUCUACUCGGGCGGGAUGCAAAUCGCCUACCACACGCUCCUGUCGCUGACCGGGCCCAUCAAGGGAAUGAACCGGCUGCCGGGCCUCAGCCUUACGCCACCGCAGAUAUUCUUCCUCAUGUCCGCCCAGGAACUGUGCGCCGAGUCCGAGUACAGCGGAGUCGACGUCCAUUCCAACGAUUUCGAUGAGAUCUUGACGUGGCUGAUUUCGCAGGGUGGCAGCGCGUCGGACGUCUUUCUGUGCCACUCGAGUACGAUGCUGAGCUACCAGAAGAACUGCGACAUCUGGUAGAUAGCGGCCACCCAUGUAGCCUAACAUACUUAGAGCGAUAGUGAUAUGUACAUUUAGAUGCGUUAUUUAUCCAAGAAAACAAACCAAAAAAACAACCCAAAGUGUCGUUCUAGUCGCUCACAGACAGGAGGGAGGCGGAGAGAAAGAGCGCGUAUCGGAAUUUAUAGAUUCUAGGAAUCUUUUACUAUUAAAUAAAUAGGCGCUUUAGAAGUUUUAGAUCUGAUUAGGAAAGGUACGGUUACUGUAAUAUGUUGGUAAGUAGAAAGGCUAGUUGUGGUUAUAUUGCAAAUGGUUAAAUUAGCGCUAAAGAAGAUAUUUAUUAGGAUUAUGAAAUUAGACUUCACAAUCGGACCCUGGAAAGAUCAAUUUUUAUUUCAUUUGAAUUGGACUUGAAUAGUUGGCAUCGGAGAUGGUUGGUAGAUGCUAUCUUAUGACUCUUAUGCAAGAGAAAACGUUUGCAUUGUUGUUGUUAUAAUUGUUCGUGAAAUCUAUUUUGUUGAUGAAACGCUAAGUUGGAUUCGACUCAAUUUUUCAAGAAAAAUUUUCCACGAACUUCUCGAAUAUGAGGAAAGGCGAAGGA